ACAAAGGCGGGUGCGCGCACGUCCUUACGCACGCCUGGGCCGGCGCGGCGGGCAGGGCUGGGCCGGACGGGAGGAACCGUCGCAGAGGACGUGGAAGCCGGAGCCUCGCGGCUGCUCCAGCAGCAUGUAAACAACUUUCGCCAAGAAGCCAGGUCACCGCUGAGAAAGGGCAGGAAGAAUUUUGAGUGGCCACCUAUGCCAGGUGUGCCUGGAGUUCUGCAGGCAUGAAACAUUCCAUGCCAGCCUCCGUGUGCCACUGGCGAAGGUUGAGGCUCUUCAGGUAGGAGGGUCCUGGGGGCAGCAGCACCAGGAUCCCUUCCAAAGGGAGAAUGGGGACAGAUACGAACUCUCUACAGUGAAUUUGGGUUUCAGCUUAUGAAGGAAUUUUAAGCAAAAUUAUUUAAUUUCCACAUAUUCACCUUCCAAAACCUUCUGUGUGAAGUGCGAGUGUCACCCCCUCCACGGGAGUUAUCAGGAGUUUUCUGGCACCAAGGUGAACUCUUCUUGGUAUUUCUGGCAAUACAGAUCUGCUGGACAGAUUGAUCUGCUGAAUGCUGUGGGGCAGGAAACGGAGCAAAGCCUCUGGAAGCAGUGGACAGGUAGUGGAGUGGAGAGCUCUCCUUUGCCACUUACUUGCACAGAAACACAGCCUGGACACGCAUGCUGGUACUGAAGACUUGUUCUACCUUGUUCGCUAUCAAGUUCCUCUGCUCUGUGCAAGCAAUUAAAUGAUGUGAUCCUGGGGAUGGAGUUUGUCACCCUUGGGGGACUAGCUUCCUUUCUCAGGUUGGUGCUGUCAGAAAGGACCAUCUGAAGGCCACGGUUUGUGCGUGGGGAAGAGGGCACCAGCCUGGCCUGGAUCCUCCACCAUGUUCCUCUUGCUGCCUUUUGAUAGCCUGAUUGUCAACCUUCUGGGCAUCUCCUUGACAGUUCUCUUUACCCUCCUGCUCGUUUUCAUCAUAGUCCCUGCCAUUUUUGGAGUCUCCUUUGGUAUCCGAAAGCUCUACAUGAAAACUUUGUUAAAAAUCUUUGCGUGGGCUACCUUGAGAAUGGAGAGAGGAGCCAAGGAGAAGAACCACCAACUUUACAAGCCCUAUACCAAUGGAAUAAUUGCAAAAGAUCCUACUUCACUAGAAGAAGAAAUCAAAGAAAUUCGUCGAAGUGGCAGUAGUAAGGCUCUGGAUAAUACUCUGGAGUUUGAGCUCUCUGACAUUUUCUACUUUUGCCGGAAAGGAAUGGAGACUAUUAUGGACGAUGAAGUGACCAAGAGAUUCUCAGCAGAGGAAUUGGAGUCAUGGAACCUGCUGAGCAGAACCAAUUAUAACUUCCAGUACAUCAGCCUUCGGCUCACUGUGUUAUGGGGGCUAGGAGUGCUGAUUCGAUAUUGCUUCCUCCUGCCACUCAGGAUAGCGCUUGCAUUCACGGGGAUCAGCCUGCUGGUGGUGGGCACCACUGUGGUGGGAUACCUGCCAAAUGGAAGGUUUAAGGAGUUCUUGAGUAAACAUGUUCACUUGAUGUGUUACCGGAUCUGCGUGCGCGCCUUGACAGCUAUCAUUACCUACCAUGACAGGAAAAACAGACCAAGAAAUGGUGGCAUCUGUGUGGCUAAUCAUACAUCUCCCAUCGACGUGAUCAUUUUGGCCAGUGAUGGCUAUUAUGCCAUGGUGGGUCAGGUGCACGGAGGCCUCAUGGGUGUUAUUCAGAGAGCCAUGGUGAAGGCCUGCCCACAUGUCUGGUUUGAACGGUCUGAAGUGAAAGAUCGCCAUCUGGUGGCUAAGAGACUGACUGAACACGUGCAAGAUAAAAGCAAGUUGCCUAUUCUUAUCUUCCCAGAAGGAACCUGUAUCAAUAACACGUCGGUGAUGAUGUUCAAAAAGGGAAGUUUUGAGAUUGGAGCCACUGUUUACCCUGUUGCUAUCAAGUAUGACCCUCAGUUUGGUGAUGCAUUCUGGAACAGCAGCAAGUACGGGAUGGUGACAUACCUGCUGAGAAUGAUGACCAGCUGGGCCAUUGUCUGCAGCGUUUGGUACCUGCCUCCUAUGACCAGAGAGAAAGAUGAAGAUGCUGUGCAGUUUGCUAACAGGGUGAAGUCUGCCAUUGCCAGGCAGGGAGGACUGGUGGACCUGCUGUGGGAUGGUGGAUUAAAGAGGGAGAAGGUGAAAGACACAUUUAAGGAAGAGCAGCAGAAGCUGUACAGCAAGAUGAUUGUUGGGAACCAUGAGGACAGGAGCCGUUCCUGAGUCUGCAUCCCAUGCUGGCUGGAGCCUCUGCCUCCAAGUCCCGACAAUGAGCCAGCAGAAGAUGCUGCUGCUCCUGCUCCGCCUCCACCACCACCACCACCACCGUGCCCCACUGCUGCACCCUUCCAGACUCAGGAUCCCAGGACUCCAGCUUCUUCAGAGCCACACAGGGAUCCCUGGGCUCAGGCAGCACAGCCUGCCCACUGUCAUCUGCUGCAAAGUUGCUGGGUGCUCCAGCCAGGACAAGAUGCCUUCUUGUUCCCUUUACAAUAAGCCCGUUGGAGGAGUGCCAUUAAAGUCAGCUCUCCACCUGUGUGCGUCGUCUCGGGCUGAGUGGUUGGGAGGACUGUCCUCAACCUUGGUAGGGUUUGGGAUUCAGUCCUUGUGGUUGCACAUGUGCCAGGGACUUACUAGGGGAGGCCGGCACAUGACUCCAGAGGAGAGGGUUACUGCCAAGAUGGCUGGGCCUGCCUCUAGCCCAAACAGCACCCAGCCUCAGAUCUCUGCAGACCCCAUGAAAAGACUUGUUUGCAGGGGCAUUGGGCCAAAUGAAGUUUUAAAAAGUUCUGGAGCUCCUGCUUAAGGGGUGUCACAGGAUGGGGAGAGGCCAGUGCCCCCUUGACCAGUCUGUGACAAGAGCCAGGAAUCUGUGUUCAAACUCCAGGCUGAGCCUGAAUUUCCCAUGUGACUUGCACUUUGUUUAAUGUGUGCCUCGUCUUCCCCAUGUGUGUCAUGGGUCAGCAGGGGAAGGGAAGGUGGUGACAUCUACCUCACAGGGUUGUUGUGGGGACUCCAGUGCUACUAUAAGUGACGGGGGCUUUGGGCAUGUCUUGUGAGUAAAUGAAACUAGAUGGUGAAUGAAUUAAGGGACUUUCCCUUUACUCUCUGCCCCUUGAAUGUAGCCCUGAAGAAUGUAUUCCCUGUCAAGUUUAGUUCUUGUACUUGAACAUAAUAACCCUGGAAUGGCAGGGUCUGAACCUGACUUCCAGAAUGAGGGUAAACGGCUCAUACCAGGCAUUUGCACAUCUCUGGUUAGUUUAUGGUUUCUAGGAUAGACUGGUUUCUCCACAGGUGAGCCGUGGGAUUGGAGGCGUAUGCAAGGCAUUGGUUGGUUGAGGCGGAGGAGAGGGUGGGCUGAGUUGGGGCAGUGUAGUAUAAAAGUAAGGGAAAACAGAGGUCCUGAGGCUAGGUGAGGAGCCAGGUGAGGCCGACAAGGGUGUUGGUUUACCUUAGGUUCCACAUCGCCACUGCAAAGGUAGAUUCAGAGCCAGCCAUCCUUGUGGGAUCUGUUCACUUUCAGUAUUGCAGGAGAGAGGGCAGUUUGCCUCAACCACCAUCAUCCAUCUGUCUGUCCCUCCCUCCUACAUACCUCCAUACCAUUGUGGAAAGGUCAGGAUACCCCUUAUGAUUUUGUACCAGCUGUGGUGUCACCUGGGAUUUGGGUUGUACUGUGAGUGAAGCCCACCUCUUGAGGUUUUGAACUGUCAUUCAAGGCCCCUGUCCUGUUUGGUGGUAUCCCUGCCACCUUCCUGUCACCUCCCCACAUAAUUGCCUGUUUCCUCAACCUGUCCCAUUGCUAGCCAGUGAAAAGUUCUUUUCUCUCAAAUAAAAACACUGUUAUGACUAA